AACAAAAUGAACAGAAAUUUCGUUUUACAUUUAUUCUGUUUUGUUCUUUUCCGUUUUUUUUCCUCAUAAUUUUGCAAUAUUAGAACUCCAAAGUCUUCAAUUCAGUAAGCAAUGGUGGCCAUUAGGUGAGGGAGAUUUUUGAUUUCCAUUACCAAUCUCAGCGGCUGGAGAUUCUCAUUCUCAGAAUCUAUUCCAAUGCAAUCACAAAGGUUCUUCUCGCUUUAGUAUCCAAACCCUCAAAUCCCAACUCUUCUUUUACCGCCUCUCAUCCAUGGAACCUCGCAGAACUUCAAGAAUGGUCAUCGACCCCAAAGUCCGUCAUGUCGGCUUCGUAACCUUUAACCCCGCCACCAACACCGGUGGCUCUCCGCCGGUGUCCCAGAUCUCGCCGUCCGGCAACUCGCUCUCCCCUGUCAUGAUCCCCCCACCUCGCCACGCAUCAGAUAACGUCUCAUCUUCUUUGGCUGCUCAUAACUCUUCUCGUGCGGUUCCAGUUCAUGUUCCCUUGUCUCCCCUUCGUAGGAAUUCCGUGGGUGAUGAUAUGCGACAUGGAAAUUACAACCCUCCUGAGUCUCUUCUAGGUACCUCUCCUUCUCCUUCAAGUAAGUUUGAUGGUGGGGAUUUCUUUGAAGAGGAUGAUAUGUCUUCCACUAGUUGGAUUGUUGGGGGAAACCCCGGAACGCUUGCAUCGUCUUUUCCUGGCAGUGGGUUCGACCCUACAUCGGCAAAAUCGAGUAAUCUUCGGACGGCAGCAGCCAAUCUGAUCACUGCUUCUGUAGUGAAGAUCCCUACUGGUGCCUCUGAGAAAGAUGGAGAGUCAGUGGUGGAACUGCAAAAUGAAUGGGUGGAAAGUUCAAAACCUUUGAAAGAGAAAACUUCAAAAGCUGAAAGGCGUGCUCUUCAAGAGGCUCAACGAGCUGCCAAAGCUGCUGCAAAAGCUGAUGGAAGUAAGACUCAUACUGCUUCUGGAGGGCCACCUCCAAUGAAUACAAAACAAACUAAAGCUGUGAAGACUUCACAACAGAAAGAUGUUUCUACUGGAGCCACUUCUAUUGCAGCUUCGGAGAAGAAAGGGGGUGAUCGCCCACCAGAAAAAGAUAGGAAGAAAGAUGUUCCUCCUCCACGCAUGCAAUUCGAUGACAAGCAACGAGUUGAAAAGGCUAAAAGGCGUGCAGUGGUCAAACAAACUGAAGCUAGAAACAAAGUUGAUUUGUUUAGGCAUUUGCCUCAGUAUGAACAUGGAACUCAACUUCCUGAUCUUGAGUCAAAGUUUUUCCUACUUGAUCCAAUGCAUCCUGCUAUUUACAAGGUUGGAUUACAGUAUUUGGCUGGAGAUAUAUCUGGUGGUAAUUCUCGUUGUAUUGCAAUGCUCCAAGCUUUCAAAGAAACCAUUCAAGACUACUCCACACCUCCAGAAAAAAGUCUUAAUAGAGAUCUGACUGCAAAAAUCGGUAGUUAUGUUUCUUUUUUUAUAGAAUGCAGGCCGCUUUCAAUCAGCAUGGGAAAUGCGAUUAGAGUUUUGAAGAAUCGAAUAAGCAAAUUACCUGUAACACUUUGUGAGGCAGAAGCAAAAGCAGCUCUUUGCGCAGAUAUUGAUCGUUUUAUAAAUGAGAAGAUAGUGCUUGCAGACAAGGUGAUAGUCAGGCAUGCUGUGACAAAGAUUAGAGAUGGAGAUGUACUUCUCACAUAUGGUUCAUCCUGUGUUGUUGAAAUGAUGCUAUUGUAUGCCCAUGAGCUGGGGAAACAGUUCCGUGUUGUGGUAGUAGACUCUCGCCCAAUGCUUGAAGGACAAGCAUUAAUUCGUAGAUUGGUGGUGAAGGGCAUCAGCUGUACAUAUACACAUAUAAAUGCUGUUUCUUGUAUCAUGCAUGAAGUCACAAGAGUUUUUCUUGGGGCUGCCUCAGUUUUGUCUAAUGGAACAGUUUACUCAAGGGUUGGAACUGCGUGUGUAGCCAUGGUAGCUCAUGCAUUCCAUAUUCCAGUUUUAGUGUGCUGUGAAGCAUAUAAAUUCCAUGAAAGGGUGCAGCUUGACUCAAUAUGCUUUAAUGAACUAGGUGAUCCAGAUGUCAUUGCAAAAGUUCCUGGAAGAAAGGAUGUGAACCAUUUGGAUAGUUGCACUAAUAAUGAGAAUUUACAACUUCUGAAUCUUAUGUAUGAUGUGACGCCUUCAGAUUAUGUCUCAAUGAUUAUCACUGAUUAUGGCAUGGUCCCAACCACAAGUGUCUCUGCAAUUGUGCGAGAAUACCGAAGAGAAUGCUUAUGGAUAUAGAGAGGCCCCACAUGGUCUGAAGCUGGCAUAAUAAGACAUUAGAAAUCUGUGUCAUUUAGGUCUCUUCUUUCCAUUUUGGAAUGAUUGAUUUAUGCCUUGCGAAAUUUUCUGGUGAUUUUUGUGGCCAAAUGUGAGUUAUUACUAAAAGCAUUGCAUAAAUAUGUGCGGAGGUGGUUUGGAAUCAAGCUUCCCAAUCCUCAGUUCAGAGUGGAACCAACCAACUAUUGGCACAUUGACAUGCUUACAAGAUUGCAGGUCCGUAGAAGAUGACUGUGGCAAGCCAUCCUUUAACGUACCUUUAAAAGGGGACCAAUUAGCUGGAUUGUUCAUUUAAUCUGAGGUUCAUAUUCACUGUUGACAAUGUCUAUGGCCUUUGGGAGUUGUAAAUAUAGAUAGAAGCAUCCGUUUAGCUUGAAAUGUUGAGUUCUGAUAUUGUUCUUGACGAUGAACCAUUCAUGCAUUACUGUUUCUCCCAUUAUUUGUGAAAACAAAAUGCCAGACCAGAACCAGGUUCAACAAAAACAUGUUAUCAUUAUUGCAAAGCAAUUGGUUUUCCUUA